AUGUACGCUCGCAAACUUGCUCCUCUGAGCCGCAAUGGCGUGCGUUACACCUCUUCUCUCAAAUCUGCGCUGAAGGACUCUAUCCCUGCCAAGGUUGAGCUCCUCAAGAAGGUCAAGUCUGAGUACGGUGACAAGUCGAUGGGCGAGGCCACCGUCGCAGCUGCCUUGGGUGGUAUGCGCGGUCUCAAGUCCCUGGUCUGGGAGGGUUCUUUCCUCGAUGCCAACGAGGGUAUCCGCUUCCACGGCAAGACCAUUGCCGAGUGCCGCGAGAUCCUGCCCAAGCACAAUGGCAAAGGUGAGAUGACCCCCGAGGCCAUGUUCUGGUUCUUGCUUACCGGUAAGGUGCCUUCCAACGAGCAGUCUGCUGAGUUCUCGCGCUUCCUGGCCGAGAACGGUGAGAUCCCAGACUACAUUGAGCGUCUGCUCAACUCGCUGCCUGCCGAGACCCACCCCAUGACCCAGUUUGUCAUUGCGGUGGCUGCUCUCAACAACGAGUCUUCGUUCGCCAAGGCCUAUGAGAAGGGUAUUCCCAAGACUUCGUACUGGGAGUAUGUUUUCGACGACUCGCUCAUCACGCUGGCCAAGUUGCCUGCCAUUGCUGCCCGCAUCUACCAGAAUGCUUACCGCGGCGGUGGUGCUCUGCCCGGCAAGAUCGACUUGAACGCCGAUUGGUCGCUCAAUUACGCCAACAUGCUUGGUCUUGGCAACAAGGAGGGCUUUGUUGACUUGCUGCGCUUGUACAUGGCUCUCCACGGUGACCACGAGGGCGGUAACGUCUCUGCCCAUGCCACGCACCUGGUUGGCUCUGCUCUGUCCGACCCUAUGCUGUCGUACUCUGCCGGUUUGGCUGGUCUUGCUGGACCUCUUCACGGUCUUGCUGCCCAGGAGGUUCUUCGUUUCGUUCUCGACAUGAAGGCCAAGAUCCCCGACCAGUACAACGAGAAGGACGUCAAGGACUUCCUGUGGUCGACGCUGAACGGCGGCCGCGUCAUUCCCGGCUACGGUCACGCUGUUCUGCGCAAGCCCGAUCCUCGUUUCGAGGCUCUCAUGGACUUUGCCGACAACCGUCCCGAGGUCGCAGCCGACCCCGUGUUCCGGCUGGUCCGCGACCUCUCCAACAUCGCCCCCGGUGUGUUGACCGAGCACGGCAAGACCAAGAAUCCCUACCCCAACGUCGACUCGUCGUCGGGUGUGCUCUUCCACCACUACGGCGUCACCGAGACCAAGUACUACACUGUUGCGUUCGGCGUGUCUCGCGCCAUUGGUCCUCUCGUCCAGCUGAUCUGGGACCGCAUUCUGGGCAUGCCCAUCGAGCGUCCCAAGUCGGUUACUCUGGAGAAGAUCAUGGAGUUUGCCAAGUAA